CGUGACUCUUGCAGAUUCCAUUCCCUCAUCAUCUCCUUCACACUUUCGUGACCACACACAAUGGCAACUCAUUCUUCUGCACUUCCUCCAUCAUCACCACCCUUCAUAUCAAACUUCAUCUCUGACCAACCAUGUCUCACCAUGCUCCAAAGCCAGUGCACCAACAUGAAAGACUUCAAAAAGAUUCAUGCUCACAUCAUCAAAACUGGCCUUGCUCUUCACCCCAUUGCUGCCACCCGUGUUCUCACUUUCUGUGUCUCUUCAUAUGGUGACAUCAACUAUGCUUACUUGCUCUUCACCACCACUCCAAACCCAAAUCUCUAUUCUUGGAACACCAUUAUCCGAGGCUUCUCACGGAGCUCAAGUCCACACUUUGCGAUAUCACUUUUUGUUGACAUGUUGUAUUCUGAAGUUCAACCUCAAAGGCUCACUUACCCUUCUGUUUUCAAGGCUUAUGCUCAAUUGGGUGCUGGCCAUGUUGGGGCUCAGCUUCAUGGGAGGGUCUUAAAAUUGGGUCUUGAAAAGGACCAGUUUAUACGUAACACUAUCAUAUACAUGUAUGCUAAUAGUGGCCUAUUGAGUGAUGCUAGAAGAGUGUUUGAUGAAGUCAUGGAACUUGAUGUGGUAGCUUUCAAUUCAAUGAUUAUGGGGCUUGCCAAGUGUGGUGAAGUUGAUGAGUCUAGGAGGUUGUUUGAUAGCAUGCCUACAAGAACCACAGUUACUUGGAACUCUAUGAUUAGUGGAUAUGUUAGGAAUGGGAAGCUGAUGGAGGCAUUAGAGCUUUUCCGCAAGAUGCAGGAGGAAGGGGUUGAGCCUAGUGAAUUUACAAUGGUGAGCUUGUUGAAUGCUUGUGCGUUCUUAGGGACACUUCAAUUUGGGGAAUGGGUUCAUGAUUAUAUUAAAAGGAAUCAUUUUGAGUUGAAUGUCAUUGUUCUCACAGCAAUAAUUGAUAUGUACUGCAAAUGUGGGUCUAUUGAAAAAGCUAUGGAAGUGUUUGAGGCAUCACCUAUAAGAGGGCUGUCAUGUUGGAACUCCAUUAUAAUAGGACUAGCCUUGAAUGGUUAUGAGAGAGAAGCAAUUGAUUACUUCUCUAAGCUUGAAUCCUCAAAUUUAAAGCCAGACUGUGUGAGUUUCAUUGGUGUUUUAACUGCUUGUAAACAUUUGGGAGAUAUAGAAAAAGCAAGGGACUAUUUUGCACUGAUGAUGAAUAAGUAUGAGUUUGAGCCAUCAAUAAAACACUACACUUGCAUGGUAGAAGUGUUGGGUCAAGCUGAGCUCCUAGAAGAAGCAGAAGAACUAAUAAAGAGUAUGCAUAUAGAGCCAGAUGCUAUUAUAUGGGGCUCUUUGCUCUCAUCUUGUAGGAAGCAUGGAAAUGUAGAAAUUGCAAUACGAGCUGCACAAAGAGUUUGUGAGUUAAAUCCAAGUGAUGCUAGUGGUUAUGUACUUAUGUCUAAUGUACAGGCUGCAUCCAACCAAUUUGAAGAGGCAAUGGAGCACAGAAUUUUGAUGAAAGAAAGAUUGGCAGAGAAGGAACCAGGAUGCAGUUCAAUAGAACUAUACGGAGAGGUUCAUGAGUUCUUGGCAGGGGGGAGGCUACAUCCUAAAACUCAAGAGAUUUACUCUUUACUGAAUGAUUCUGGUUUUGCACUUCAAGAUUGAUUAACUCCAAAUUGAUGAACUUGUGAAAUUUAAAAUUCAAUCUGUUUAUAAGGAAGCAGCUUUAA